AUGUCAAAAUAUCAAGUCAAGUGGGGUAUUCUCGCAACAGGAGGAAUCGCAGAGAGCUUCGCCCGGGAUCUGUGGGUCAACCCAGAGACAAGAGAUGUCAAAGAUAUUGAGCAUGUCGUCGUUGCCGCCGCUUCGUCGUCUUCUUCAGAUCGGGCAGCGGCUUUCUUGAAAGAGGUGCGGGCGCCGGAGUCUGCAAAGGCAUACGGAUCAUACAAAGAGCUCGUUGAAGACCCAAACGUCGACAUCAUCUACGUCGCAACUCCCCACAGCCACCAUUAUCAAAAUGCGAGAUUGGCCCUUGAAGCUGGAAAGAACGUGCUUUGUGAGAAGGCUUUCACCACCAAUGCUGCUCAGCUUGAGGUUCUCAUCAAGAUCGCGAAAGAGAAGAAUCUCUUUUUGAUGGAGGCUGUGUGGACACGUUAUUUCCCACUCUCCAUUUACGUCCGCGACAUCAUCACGUCAGGCAAGAUUGGGACUGUCUUGCGUACAUCUGCAGACUUGAGCAUCGGAGCUGGCUCAGAUUCAUUCGGCGACGAACAUCGAAUGGUGAAUUUGAAUCUUGCAGGCGGCGCCCUUCUGGAUCUCGGAAUCUACGCCCUGACUUGGGUCUUCCAGACUCUAUAUCACACCCAAAAGUCACCACAAGCACCAAAAGUGUCGAGCACAAUGCAAAAGUACAAGACUGGAGCAGACGAACAGACGAGCAUCCUCCUAAAAUUCCCCCGGGAAGGUCUACCGGACGCCCAUGGUAUCGCCACGACAAGCAUGAACGUCGCAGGUGAUCCAGAUAAGAAGGCCUCUGCAGGUCCUGCCAUGCGCAUCCAGGGCACCAAGGGCGAGAUUCAAGUCUUCCAUCCCGCUUACCGACCUACAAAGACCAAGCUCGUACUGGUAGACGGCACGGUCGAGGACAAGACCUUCACCAUUCCGGGGCCUGGCAAGGGCAGUGGGUGGAAGAACGGGUUCGGAGGCGAUUGGCAGCCAGAGGGCGAGGGCCAAGGAAUGUUCUGGGAGGCAGAUGAGGCAGCAUUUGCCCUCAGAGAUGGCCGCAAAGAGGGACAGUACGAGAGCUUAGAGGAGAGCCUCACGAUCAUGCGCGUAAUGGAUGAGGUCAGGAAACAGAACGACUUGGUCUAUCCACAUAAGAUUGAGACGACUCAGUACCCAGUCGAUCUUUGA